ACCUAGACAAAGCAGGAAAGCUAAGUGGAGGGGAAACGGACCGAGUGAAAGACGCGGGAUCGUGUCAAAGACGCGACUUGACGUGGCGCGCGCGCACCAGCCACCCUCAGCUACCAAGCAAACUCCCUGAGUCCCCUUCUCCUUCACCUCCGCACUCCUCCAAUCCCUCCUGCCCAGUCCGUGCUUCCCGUCGUCCAAGCUUUCCGCUGCUCUACCUUACGAGCCCGCGCUCCGUCCUUCGUUCACCACUAUCUACCACUACCACUUCUCAACACCCGCCAUGGCAGCCACGCACCGCACCAAGCGUCCUUACCAACCGUCCAUCACUUCAUACUUUGCGCGCGCCGAUGCCGCCGCCUACGAUUCGAAUUCCCCCGUUGCGCCGCCGCACCAAGGUCUGACGCCACUUCCGGCCAAUGUCCAGGCGUCGCUACUGAACGUCGGCAUGCGUGUGCGCAAGUCGGUCCCGGAGGGCUAUCGGACGCACAAGACGCUGCCCACUUCCGCGAACGACGCCAUCUCGUACAACGGAUACACGGGGCCUACCAACAGGCCGGCCGAGCUGCUGCCCUUCUGCGGCAUCCACAAGGUCGGCGGUCACACCACCCAGCCGGGCAGCGCCCCGGUGGACGCCUACGGCCCCGUCAACUAUGCGGCGCACGACUUCGCCGUCUCAUCGCAAGCGUCUAGCAACUCGAACUUGUCGCCUGACGCCGUGCGCACUCCGCUUCCGAGCGCGAACAAGCGGCGCUUCUUGGAGGAAGACGACGACGAGGAGAUGCCCACCGCGCAACCAAGCCGCAGUAACGCUUUGUUUGCGCUCAACACCAACAUUGCCAAUUUCGCGGACGACGAUCUCCAGGUUUCACCCUGCACGACCUAUCCCGUCAGCCACACGUCGAUGCCGAAUCUGAGCUCCGCACGACCUCUUGCGCGGCCCAAAUCGAAGAGAAAGGGCGUGAGCGCUCUUAGCACCCAGAGGAGGGGCGCCCUCCAGGGAGACGAUGUUCCGGUGAUCGUGGAUGACGACUUUGACGAGGCCGACUUUCUUCAACCGUACGAGGAUGUUGAGGUCGAGAUGGGCGGCGUUUAGAAGGCGGUACAGACGGCGAUUGGGUGGGCCUGUAGAUGCAGGGCCACCACCAUUGUUUAUUUUGUACGGUAUGGGACGGAUCGGGUAUACCAGCGAAGGCGUUAAUGGGAUUUGGGAUUUGGGAUGGGGUCUAAAGGCAAAGGUGGGGGUAAACGGAGUUUCAGCAAGAAGUCAAUAAUGCAGUAGCAACGGCCGUAGUCAAUAUCAUCAAACAGCA